AUGAGGAACCUCUCGUGUGUUACCUUCUACUUCGCCCUUUACGUUUUAUCUUCGCAUGGAGGCGGCAUUUUAUGUAGCGAAGCGGGUGAAAAUAAAAGUACCAACUUGAGGAAUGGAUUUACAGUUAAUAGCUCGCUGGAAGAGGGAGACCAAGCAGAGCUGAAUGAUAACAGCUUUGAUGGUAGUGACUAUUCAAACCAAGGGGAGGACCUACAGGAGGUGAUUAAGAAUGAACAACGUGUAGGAGGAGAAGAAGAAGAUGAUGAAGAAAUCCUUGACGAGGCUAGUGCUUCCCUUGCGAAAGAAAAAUAUGGAAAUAUAAGAAGAGGUUCUGUAUUGUUCGGUGAUGACUCAGAAGUACAUGGGGAAAGUGACUGGCUAGAAAAUGAUAUGAAUAUGAUGUGGGGCACUGGAAGAUCGGCCAACAUUUCAACGGACCAUGGGGAACACGCUGACCAGGGAUGGCAGUCCGGCUGGUCCGCGCCGUGGGAUGCGGUCGGACAGGAGGAAGGGCAGGAAGAAGGGCAGGAGGAAGGGCAGGAGGAAGGACAGGAAGAAGGACAGGAAGAAGGACAGCAGGAAGAACAACCCGUAGAGCAAGUGGCAAACCCUGAUGAAGAAGCGCCACAUGACGCACCUGCAGUGUGGGAACAAAAUGAUGAGGAGGGGGGAGACAAAAUCAGAUGGGAAUACGAAGAAGAGGGGGUGCCGACGCCGAAGAAUGUACACGAAUCGUUGAAGGUGGAUCCUCUUUUAUUUGACCAAGUUGACGUUGCCGAGGAGGAUGUGCUGCCAAGUGUGGAUGUGUUGCCAAGUGCGGAGGAUGCAGAAGGGGAGAGCCCGUCGAACGAAUCUGCGGGGAAGGACGUCGCCCAGGAGGGUGUAGAUAACCCUCAAGAGGGUGGAGAGAACGCACAAGACGAUGAAGAGAAAGUCCACGAAAAUGAAGAGAACUCACCAAACGAUGAGGAGAAAGUCCACGAAAAUGAGGAGAACGCACCAAACGAUGAAGAGAAAGUCCACGAAAAUGAAGAGAACGUAAAACCGGAAAGUCAGCAGCAGGAAGUGCCAGAAGAUGCGCAGGAGCAGGUAGAAGAGCAGGCAAAAGAAGUGGAAGAGCCAGAAGAACAGCAACAAAUGCCCCCACUGGAAGAAGAGCCAGCGGAAAUAGUGGAAGUGGAGGAAGUAGCGGAAGAAGAGAAGCCACAGGAGCAGGAAGAACAGGACGAACAGGGCGAACAGGGCGAACAGGGCGAACAGGGCGAACAGGGCGAACAGGGAGAACAAGUGCAGGAGGCGAUCGAUGAGCAAGGACCCGAACCGGAGGAAGAACAUAUGCAAGAGGUGAUUGAAGAGCUGCAGGAGGCGUUCGAUGAGCAAGGACCCCAACCGGAGGAAGAACAUAUGCAAGAGGUGAUUGAAGAGCUGCAGGAGGCGUUCGAUGAGCAAGGACCCCAACCGGAGGAGGAAAAUAUGCAAGAGGUGAUAAAAGAGCUGCAGGAGGCGUUCGAUGAGCAAGUGCCCCAACCGGAGGGGGAAAAUGUACAAGAGGUGAUUGAAGAGCUGCAGGAAGUAGCGGAAGGAGAGCAGAUGCCGGAACCAGAGGAAGAGCUAGUGCAGGAGGUGAUCGAAGAACUUCAGGAAGUGGAGCGUGAAGAAAAAAUGCCCGAACCGGAGAUAGAAUACGUGCAGGAGGUGAUCGACGAGCUGAAGGAAGCAACGGAAGAAGCGCAAAUGCCCGAACCGGAGGAAGAGCUAGUGCAGGAGGUGAUCGACGAGCUGAAGGAAGCAACGGAAGAAGAGCAAAUGCCCGAACCGGAGAUAGAAUACGUGCAGGAGCUGAUCGAAGAGCUGCAGGAAGUAACGGAAGAAAAACAGCCAGCAGAGAAGCCAGAGGAACAGCCAGAGGAACAACCAGCAGAACAGCCAGCAGAACAGCCAGCACAGCAGCCAGCAGAACAGCCAGAGGAACAACCAGCAGAGGAUGAAGCGGAGGAUGAAGCGGAGGAACCACAGGAGGAAGACGGGGAUGAGGAGUGCGCCGAAUCGUCAGGCCAAAGCUUUUUUCGAAGGAUACACAUCCGAGAAUAUAUAGACAUUAGAAGCAUUAAAAACAGUGCCGGAAAUAUGGUGAAAAAUGUGUUCAGCAUAUUUGGUGGGGACAAUGGGCUUGUAGGCAUGUUCAAGGAUUUCGCGGGAAAUUUUGCCAAAAACGGAGAGAAUAUAAACGACAAAAUGGAGUGA